AGUUGGUGGGACAUAUGCAUUGUUCUAUGUUUAGUACACGCGGAAGAGUCAACAUAAGGUUUCACAUAAAAGAAGUGUUUGCACAAGUGGCAUUAAUCGAUUUGGUUCAACUAAACACGGCAAUACUAGUAAGCGUGUAAAAGACUCCGUUUUUGAAACAGACACUUGGCUGUCCACAGUGACUAGAUUUUACGAUAACCGAAAAGUGACGGCACGAGCCGUAGUCCACAUCAGAAGUGUUCUGCACUCUCGCACUCCGCACCAAAUGGAAUCGACUGUUCUGAUUGGCUGUAAUUAUCGACACAUUUGAGGAGCGGUGAUAUUAGAAUCCCCAACGUUGUUACAUCACAUUUAUCAGAAUGAAGUCAAGCAAUAGGGAAGCAUGCUAGUAAUUUGUAAUUCACAUGGCUCGUGGAAUUGAUUGACAGUGCUCGGCUGUAGGACUACAGUUGAUUCUGAGAGGUUCUACACGAGCAGCUCCACCUAGACACGAUGACGGUGAAGGAGUUCCUGUCCACCACCAACAUUAAGGAGUGUAUCUCCACCUCCAGCUGGGGAGGGUGUGUAGCCAAAUGCCGUCAGUCCCGGCGCCUCGUUCUCAUCAUAGUCUUCAUCGCGUUGUUCCUCGACAACAUGCUCCUCACAACUGUCGUUCCGGUUGUGCCGAACUUUCUGAGGAGGCUGGAGAAGAGCCACAGGAAGAAUACGACGACAGUUAAAGUUAUAAACCAGACGGUUACAGUGUGUACGCUGGUCCCAGAUGAAAGAUAUUUUCCUACAACUGAUAUUAAAAAUAGUUCAGAGGAUUCUCGUGGUUAUUCAUGGGAUGGACUUUCGGAUAUUCCCCGCCAUUACGUCAUGACGACGUCAGUGCCGUAUAUAUGUGUAUAUAGCAAUGAAACAAACCUUACCAACGUCAUCACGACUGACAAUAAACUCGAUCAUAAGGCCCUUGCGAAUGAAAAUGUGCAAGUUGGGCUUAUGUUUGCUUCUAAAGCUAUAAUGCAGUUGCUUACCAACCCGUUUAUUGGACCUCUGACGAACAGGGUUGGUUACAGUAUUCCAAUGUUUGUUGGAUUCUUUGUCAUGACAGUGUCAACUAUUAUUUUUGCCUUUGGACAGAGUUACACCGUGUUGUUUAUAGCUCGAACUGUACAGGGAAUAGGGUCCUCGUGUUCCAGUGUCGCCGGCAUGGGGAUGCUGGCAGACAGAUACCCGGAUGACAAGGAGAGGGGGAACGCCAUGGGCAUAGCGCUUGGAGGGUUGGCCAUGGGGGUUCUUGUUGGGCCCCCCUUUGGCGGAGUGAUGUACGAGUUCACGGGGAAGGCGGUCCCCUUCCUCAUCCUUGCUGCUCUAGCCCUCCUUGACGGAUGUCUGCAGCUUCUGGUUCUUCAGCCAUCCGUCAAGCCGGAGUCGCAGGAAGGAUCCUCUCUGAAGAACCUCCUCAAGGAUCCCUACAUCCUUCUGGCUGCAGGAUCCAUCACGUUCGCCAACAUGGGUAUCGCCAUGAUGGAACCAUCCCUGCCAAUCUGGAUGUACGAAACCAUGGGUGCCAAGGAAUGGCAACAGGGGGUGGCCUUCUUACCAGCAAGCUUGUCCUAUCUCAUUGGUACCAAUAUAUUUGGUCCUCUGGCCCACAAAAUGGGGAGGUGGCUGAGUGCAAUGAUCGGCAUGUUUGUUAUUGGAGUAUGUCUUUUCUUCAUCCCAUUCUCCAAAAACAUCGGGCACCUUAUAGCGCCGAAUUUUGGACUAGGUUUUGCAAUUGGUAUGGUGGACUCGUCGAUGAUGCCGCACAUGGCCUACUUGGUGGACCUCCGUCACGUCUCCGUCUACGGCAGUGUCUACGCCAUCGCUGACGUCGCCUUCUGUCUCGGAUUUGCAAUAGGUCCAGCCAUAAGCGGGUCCAUUGUGCAGACAAUUGGUUUCUCGUGGUUGCUGUGGAUCAUCGCCAUUGUGAACAUCCUGUACGCCCCACUCAUGUACUUCCUGCGCAACCCCCAGGGUCGGGAGGAGAAGAUGUCGCUGAUCAUGAAUGACCAAUGUCCAGUGCAGUACGUGACCUACAAUCAGACCACGCGCAGCAACGCCAACUCGGAUGAAGAAGAUGGCUACUUUGAAGAUUAGCCGAGGCAACACAGGCAUUCGGAAUAGAUCGUUAUGUUCCGGAAACUAAAGAACGUCUUUGACUUCAAACUGAUUACUAGUGUUGGAAUAAUGACCUUAGUUUGUAAGGAAUUGAUAAGGAUACAAAGAGUUACCUAGAUCGGAUUGUAUUGGUUGGAUUGAAGAGAAUAUAAAAUAUUUAUGAACAACGUACGGACGUUUGAUGGUUGCUUGUGAAUAUGAUUCAUUGCGUGGGCGACAUAUAUUUUCACAAUUUUAUUCUGUAAUAUAUUGCAAAAACUCCAUUUCGAGAUCAUUUGUGAAAAAUCGACUCAUUCCGGAACAGGCAUUUUGUUUUAUUGCAAAUUACGGAAAGACCCGAGUGACAACGGAUGGUAAACGAAUGGACUUGCAUGAAUUUGAACGUAAUUAUUGUUGACAAACAAAGUGGUAUCGGAUGAUGACAAUGAUCACGUUUCAGGGUACUGGCAUUUCUUGGAGUGACUUAAGAACAGGGUUGUUCGUUAAUCCGUAGUCAUAUUGAUUCCUUGUCCUGAUGUAAAUUCCGAUGUAGAGCAAAUCAAACAAAUAUGCAUGACGUUUCUAGGUGUUUGUGAUACAUGUAGAUGAUUAGACGUAGAGCAAAUCCCCAGUUAGUCACCUGUUGGCAUGGAAACCCAUAUAUGUUUAUAAAACGGUGUAUAUUUAUAUGAUGUAUUACAUGUAUAUAGAUUUAUGAUAUCGGCGUCUUUAUGAUGUAAAUGAAAUAGAUUUCGUAAUCAUAUUUAUAUUUCUGUGAUGGUUACAGCUUCUGUUUAGUAUAUGACAAGUGUCCGUAUUCAUAGCCACUUCAUUUUUCAUUAAUUCAUAAACAUAUAUUUACUACAAUUGUAUCCCCAAUAUUGCUGCAAAUGUUGCAACGUUUCAUUUCGUUGUAGGACAGUUACAGAAUAAGGAAAAGAAAUUGUAAGAAUGUUAAUAUGAAAUGUCACAUACAUGUAAAGUAAACUAUGUCAUUAAAGGCCUUACACCUCUCCCUUCAUCACAAUUAGUACCAAAUCACCGAUGACUAAUAAUCUUAUUGACGCAGGGGUUAUGAUAAAUGUCCUUUUAUAGAGUAAUUUUGAUAAUUUGUACCAAUAUUAAAUGUCAUAUCUAGAAAUUAAUUUCAUUAAUCUUUAGUGAAAGUUACAUAACAUGGAUGUCAAUACCCAAAAUGGAGGAAAAGAACAAGCCUUGUGUAGGGAAUUCUUGUAAAUACCACUGAAAAUUAAAAAGGCUCGAUCAGGGUCGUAGUGCGGCAAUACACGGCCCAUACCGAGUAGUAAUAAGUGCUGAGAGUGGUAGAACAAAUAUAGUAUGUCAUCUCUCUGAUAUGGAUGACGGACUUGUUGUGUAGUCUUAUUUGGGGCCCAAGGUAUAUCGUCGGCAUAUUGUAGAAGUGUAUAGUAUAUGGUACAUGUAUAUACCAUAAAUUGACAGCUCUAUAUAUCCAUAUUCAGGGCGGGCGGAGAGAAGCGUGAAAAGACCAUGUGAAUGUAUUAUAACAAAUAGUAGAAUAUGUAUUGUCUGGUUCAAAUGUCUCUGGUCACCUGAAAGCCCUUGUUCAUGACAAUGCAGUGCCCCAAACGAGGAUUAUGUAUCGUACUAGUCUAGUUGGCUGGCGUAUUCAGUAUGUCAGCUUGUAGCUAUAUGUAAACCUUGUUCAGGGCUGAAGAACAGCUAAACAAAACGUCUAAUGAGGAUAUAACGUUGUAAUCUUACCAUAUAAAGUACUUUCUCUUUGACAUAAAUAAUUUGCCCGUAUGACAGUACAAUGUUAAUCCUUGCUCGGAGCCAAAAGGCGGAAAUGUAUCGCUGUGAUCUAAGUAUACUUUUUUUUCUCUUUGACAUACAUAGACCGGAUGGCUGACCUAUUUAACUCUCGUUCGGGGACAAAAGGUGGUACCAGAAGACCUUAAAAGAGAUUAUGUAAAAUCUUGAUAGGAACGGCAUGAUGUCUGAUACAACAUAUAAAGCACUCGCGCUUAUAACCAUGUUCAGGGCCAAACAUCAGUAAUACACGGCUCGUAAUUAGGAACUAUCGUUAAAUAUUGACAGGAACUGUAUAGUGUUAUAUAUAUUUAACAGGCGACAACCCAGCGUGCUAUAGCAAUAAUGACUGUGUUGUUAAUAAAACCCUGUGCUUACAAGCGUCCCAUGUGAUAUUCCGUGUAGACUACACCAGGCGUGUACAAUGUACCUAUCAUCUAGUUGUGUGUACAGAGAGAGUAUGUAGUGAUGAAGCUGCUGUGGCUGCUGAGACAUUGUUUCAAUAAAAGCAAUUUCCCUACAGUC